GCAAUUGAUCGAUUAAAAGAAGGCCAAGAACUGGACGAUCGUCGUUGCUGGGUCUCCUCCUCUUUUACUCCCCUUCUUCCUCUUGCUUUUCUCCUUCCGUAGACUCACGUCUAUCUACUGGAAGGAAGGCGGAGGGAAGGGGGCGAUAGCAACAAUAACUUUAUCUUUUUCUUCACUAUCUGAUUUCUCUUUGUUUGCCCUAUCUUUGAUACCGGUGCUAAUAUAUCGGUGGAUAUACGGCGCUUUGUUGCUCGGUUAGUUGAGGAAUUCUGGUCAGAACGAUGAACGAGAAGGCCUCAGUUUCCAAAGAGCUCAAUGCCAAGCACAAGAAGAUGCUUGAGGGACUUAUGAAGUUGCCAGAAAACAGGGAAUGCGCUGAUUGUAAAGCUAAAGGUCCUAGAUGGGCUAGUGUUAAUCUUGGAAUCUUUAUAUGCAUGCAGUGUUCUGGAAUACAUAGAAGUUUGGGAGUACACAUAUCAAAGGUCAGAUCUGCUACGCUUGAUACAUGGCUGCCAGAGCAGGUUACAUUUAUUCAAUCUAUGGGAAAUGAAAAAUCAAACAACUACUGGGAAGCAGAACUUCCUCCAAACUAUGACAGAGUCGGAAUUGAAAAUUUUAUUCGUGCUAAAUAUGAUGAUAAAAGAUGGGUACCUAGGAAUGGACCAUCGAAAUCACCUUCAAAUGCACGAGAAGAGAGGACAGCUGAAUCUCCACAGAGGCACUUUGACAACAAAGUGAGUUCGAGAGAGGAGCAACUUAACAAUGCACAGCUUAAUGCCAAAAAAACUACCCCAGCAACACCUAAGCUACCCAGUCAGGUAUCCACAGUGACAAAAGUUGAGCCUUCUGUGCCCAAGGGUGGCUCUUCACAAUCUCCAGAGUCUGCACCAACCAAUGCAGAUGUACCACCAAAAGUUAAUACACCAGCACCACCACCAAAAGUUGAUACCUCAGUGCCACCUGCAAAAGCUGAUUAUGUAGCUGAUCUUCUCAAUAUUUUUACAAUAGAGACACCUACUGCAAAUGGCUCAGACUCAUCUUCCAAGGAUGAUAAUUCAUGGGCAGGAUUCCAAUCUGCUGCGAUGACAACUUCUGCGACCCAAACAGGUAGUUCAAAACCAGUGGAAAAUAAACCUGCAGUGGGAAUUCAAGAUUUAUUCAAAGAGUCUCCUGUCCUGACACUAUCUUCAAGUCCAGCCAAGGCUCAUGCGAAUGUAAAAAGUGACAUUAUGAGCCUUUUUGAAAAGUCAAAUAUAGUUUCACCAUAUUCCAUUCACCAGCAACAGCUUGCAUUUCUUUCCCAGCAGCAAGCUCUUCUGGCAGCUGCUAAAUCUGGUGUUCGUCCUGUAUUAUCUGGAAUUUCUAAUCAAUCAGCUGGGACAGCCUUGAUUGCACCUCAUAUGAAUGCCAUUCCUCAAAAUUGGCCAAACUUAGGUCAUCAAACCCCAGGAAUAACCCCACUAGAUAAUCAGAAAAGUUCCAAUCAUUUUCUGACUGGGAUUGCAGCACAAAGACAUCCUUCAGUGAACUACAACAAUAUUCAAAAACCCGGGAUGCACCAUGCAGGGGGGCCUUCAGCAGUGAAUGGAGUAACCAAAGCUGUUGCAUCUUCGUCUCCUGCGACGUCUAAUAAAUCUGGAAAAGACUACGACUUUUCUACCUUAACCCAAGGGAUGUUCUCCAAACAUUGAAGUUUAUUCUCAGAAGUUCCAUGGUUGCUAUCUUUAUAUUGCACUCGAGUUGAAUUCCAGGUGGUCUGGAAGCUCUUGAUGGGGCAAUUUGCUGCCACCUCUUUAGCUUUCAUUUGUAUGAAUUAUGCCCCAUUUCAGAUGUUUCUUGUAGUGUGCAUUGCCAAAUAUUAGAUUCAGCAACAACAAAAAAAAGUUCUUCCCAUCCAAAUACAUGUUCAUCUAAUAAGUCACAUUGUGUUGAAGAUUAUUUAACUAGCCUGUCAGCAUCUGUAAAUACAUUACAUUUUCGUCAGCACAGACGCAUUUAUGUUAGAAUUCUUAUAAUUUUUCAAA